AUGUGCAGGUGGCAGUCUGUCAGAGUUUUGCAAGUAUAUUGUUUUAUCAUUUUAACAGGACAAGAACCAUGUUAUGCUGUUGCUGUGGUAAAGAAAGACACUCACUUCACUACCAAAGAUCUCAAAGGGAAGAAGUCCUGUCACAGUUGUUAUAAAAUGUCUGGAGGCUGGAAUCUUCCCAUCGGCAGACUGAUCAGGGAAAAUAAACUGAUUUGGGAAGGUGUUGAUGACAAAUCGCUUGAAAAAGCUGUGUCAGAGUUCUUCUCAGCCAGUUGUGUUCCUGGAAUAUCAAGAGCUCACUAUCCAAAUCUUUGUAAAGCCUGCAAUGGUGACUGCUCCUGCACACCCAAUGAAAACUACUAUGGUGAUGAAGGAGCCAUUCGGUGCCUGAAGAAUGGUGGAGAGGUUGCCUUUGUUUGUCAAAAUAAGAUCCCAGUGGAUGGGAAACCGGAUUAUGAGCUGUUGUGCUUGGACGACACCAGGAAAAGUGUUGAUGACUACAAAAGCUGCCACCUUGGUAAAGAGCCUGGCCAUGCUGUCAUCAGCCGCAAGGAUCCUGAUUUAUCAAAACGGAUUUAUAAUCUCCUUAGUCAACUUCCGGCAUCAGAUCUUUUCUCAUCUGAGGGAGGUAAAGAUCUGAUGUUCUCAGACUCUGCAUCUGGACUGAUCAGGCUACCAGAAAUCACUGACUCUUUUCACUUCUUGAAAAAAGAUUAUUAUGACAUCAUGUUUGCGCUUAGAGGUGACCCUUUGUUAGCUAAAGAUUCGUCUCGACGUGUUCGGUGGUGUUAUGUUGGCCAUGCAGAAAGAGCCAAGUGUGACAGCUUACAGAUUUCUGAUAUCGAGUGUCUGAUGGCAUCUUCAGUGGAUGAAUGCAUCUCAAAAGUCAUGGUAUGUUACUCCAGUACUGGACUUAAGUGGGGCGAAGACAGAACUGAUGAGAACGAGCAGCAGCUGAGACUGAGUGGUUCAGGUUCUUUCGGACACAUGAUACUGCGCAAUUUUGCAGAAAAUUUCUUCAGUGAAGGCUGUGCUCCUGGUGCUCAACUUGACUCAAACAUGUGUAAACUGUGUAAAGGCAGUGGGAAGAGUGUGGGAGGAGAGGGGAGCAAGUGCAAAGCCUCUUCUGAGGAGAUGUUUUAUGGCUAUGAUGGAGCCUUCAGGUGUCUUGUAGAAGGAGGAGGUGAUGUCGCGUUUAUCAAGCACAGCAUUGUUGCAAGUUACACAGAUGGUCAUGGACCAGAUUGGGCCAAGGAUCUAAAGUCAGAAGAUUUUGAAUUGAUUUGUCCAGACUUUCCAAAUGAAUAAAAAAAAAUAGAUCAAUUUAAAGCUUGUCACUGGGCUCUUGUGCCCGCUCAUGCUGUUAUGACCCGUCCAGAUGUUCACGAGGAUGUAGUCCGCGUCCUGAACGUUGCUCAGGUAAAUUCUGCUAUUCUUAAGUCACCUGGUGGUAGAAACCUCAUGUUUUCUGAUUCUACUAAAUGUCUUCAAGAGAUUAAAGUACCCACCAAGGAGUUCCUGACUAAAGAAUAUGUGGACAUAAUUGAAAGUAAUUACAAGACUGACAACGAUGUACCAGAGCUGGUGCAUGCAUGCUCUUUAAAUAACUAUGUAGCAGAAGAAUAAGUUCCAUACAGAUACACAACAAACGCUGACCAUUAGAGCUUCAUUUGAUGUUUUGUUCCACCCCUUCCUAAGGAACUAGAUCAAAGGACCACUGGAUUUCUGCUUUUUAAGUUGUAUGUUGCUAUUAAACAAAAUCAUCAACAAAA